UAUCUGCACCACACAGACGCAACAAAUGAAAGGCUAACACUUGGGGAGCGUAUUCAAUUGACUAUAAUCUAUCAUGUAAAAUGUGUUAUGGUGGCUUUAUCGGACAGUUUUAUACCUAAAUGAAUUGUCGACACGGACUUCCUUGGGAAUAGGACUGACUACCUGUUGCAUUUAUUUAGCUUUUCAUAUUCUGAUCAUGUGGAAGUGUUGAGAUGAGGACGAAAGUGGAUUUGGUUCCGCUUAUAAAUAAUUAGGCUACGGUAGUUUCGUGCUACAUGUUUUUUCUUCAAUGCGUUUAGUUGAUAUGGCGACAGUUGACUCAACUCAAUGAAACUUCAUCGGCGGCGUGUCCCUGUUGAACACGGCAGCCUGAAGACAUCGGUGUCACGCACCACGAACUGUCAUUGUACAGCCAUCCUUAGGUUAGCCUACUUUGAAAGGAGAGAGAAGAAAGAGGAACUUACUUUUUAAAACUUUUUUAUUACCUCAACUAAAUUAUGACUUCGGUUUGGAAAAGAUUACAACGCGUUGGCAAGAAAGCUUCAAAAUUCCAGUUUGUGGCGUCCUAUCAAGAACUUGUGUUGGAAUGCACWAAGAAAUGGCAACCAGAUAAAGUGAGGGUGGUUUGGACCAGAAGAAAUAGGCGUAUGUGCUCCAAGCUUCAUGGAUGGCAGCCGGGCAUCAAGAACCCAUACAGGGGGAUGGUGGUGUGGCCCGUACCUGAAAACGUGGAUAUCUCCCUCACACUCUUCAGGGAUCCCCAUUCCGAUGUGUUUGAAGACAAAGACUGGACGUUUGUCAUUGAGAGUGAGACAAAGGGCCAACGUAAGGUGUUGGCUUCAGUGGACGUGAAUAUGAAGAAGUUUGCCAGUCCCACUCCCACUCAGCAAGACCUGACAUUGAAGCUGAAGCCCCUGUCUGUCAAGGUGGUGGAGGCCACUCUGAAGCUCUCCCUGUCCUGUGUGUUUCUCAGAGAGGGGAAAGCCACUGACGAGGACAUGCAGAGUCUGGCCAGUCUGAUGAGCGUCAAACCCACAGACAUCGGUAACCUUGACGACUUCAACGAGAGCGACGAGGAGGACGACAGGAGGUCCAGUGCUGGAGCUAGCAUUAGCAAAGCGGCCGCAGCUCCUCCUGCUCGUCCAGUGCGGCCCCCAGAAAGGAGGCCUUCUCUAAAACAUCCCCCUGUCAUAGCCUGUGGGAAAGAGAGUGGCAAAGCUGGCACUGUCCCUGUCCUCCAUUCAAGGCCCCCCCUGCCUGUUCCCCUGACCCCCUCUCCCCGUCUUCAAACCCGCUCCAGACAUGCACGCUCUGUGCCACCCUCCCCUGAGCCCCCCAGGCCACCGGCACCCCCAGUCCCCUUGGUGCCCUCAUCCUCAGUGCCAUUAGGGCCCCUAGGACCCCCAGUUCCCUCAGUGCCAUUAGAGCCCCUAGGACUGCCAGUUCCCUCAGUGCCAUUAGGGCCCCUAGGAUCCCCAGUUCCCUCAGUGCCAUUAGGGUACCUAGGACCCCCAGUUCCCUCAGUGCCAUUAGGGCUCCUAGGAUCCCCAGUUCCCUCAGUGCCAUUAGGGUACCUAGGACCCCCAGUUCCCUCAGUGCCAUUAGGGCCCCUAGGACCCACAGUUCCCUCAGUGCCAGUGUUUACCCGCUAUCAACCACCCUCAGUAUCAUCAGCGCCCUUACUGCCUGCUUUUACCCACUAUCAACCACCGGCACUGCCCAAAAUCUUCCGUCCCAGCAGCGGCUCAGCGCCUGUGUCUUUUCUGAGUAGUCUCCCAGGGGCUCUGUGUGGCCCUGCAGUGGAUUUGAAGCCCCGGGGUGUUGGUCAAGUGGCCCCCGAUCGGCCCCAAUUUAAACUAGCUGAGCCCCUGGCCUCUGGCCUCUCUCAACACCCCUCUCUACCCUCCGACCCACAGAGAGCUCGCUCAAAUGUCUUCAGUCCUCAGAUUGUAUCAACUCAUCAGCGUCCGUCCUCCCCCUCUAUCUUUUCCUCUGCUGCGUCUCCUCAAGACAAAAACACUGUUAGCGCCCUGUCUCAGGCAGAGCCAUCCCUUCCCAGACCUCAGCUCCCCAACACUCCGCCAACCUCCAUCCGGCAAAGGGAGUGGGGGAGGCCCAGGCCUGUGUCAGGCCCCAGUGGCACCUCUGUCUCUGGCCUGUCCCCCUCCUAUUCCUGUCCCUCUCCUAGGGAUUCCAUGGCCCCUGUCCCUCUGCUGACUAGCCCAGACCUGGAUGCUCUGUGUGACCCUCACUGUCCUCCUCCUUCCAUCCCCUUCCCUAAGUCCUCACCUCCCGUCAAAUGUCUUUUCUCUCACAACCCUCCCUCUCCUCGCUCUAACAACCACUGUAAACGUGCCCUAGUCGUUGCCCCUCUCUCUGACCCUCUACCCAAGCCUGUCCCUUUGCUUCCUGCGACUGUCCGUGCCUCUGCUUCUGCAGCUCUCACUGCCUCCCAGUCAGAGAUCCAGAGGGAGUUAAACACUCUCACAGAAGAGGAGUACCACAGUCCUUCUACACUUGGGCCGAAACUGUCAGAGCAGCAGAGCCUGUCUGUCUCAAGUGAGACCCUUCCCCUGGCCCUGAACAGAGGGGACGAGUCUCUCCGCUCCCCCAGAACUGCUGGCACCAUCAGGAUCGCCAACCAACAAGCCUCUGCAUCCCUGGAGAGAGACCGGGAGAGCCGACCGGAGUCAGAAAAAGCCGUGGGGUUGAAAGAUGGCAGGACCAUUAAAGGUUCUGGGCAAGAUGGCAGCCCAGCAACUGGUAUCCCUGGCCCUACGCCCACAGAAGUCUCUGAAUCAGCAGAGCUUAUUCCAGCGCUCCCUCCUCCAUGGCCUUUCUCUAGCCCGGAGACAGAAGCACCAGAGAGCACUACCCCCAAAGAGCCUUCUACCACCGUCCCGGGAGCAUUCAGUGGUGAUAACCCGCCAUUGGCUGAAAAGAAGUCUGGCUUCAAACAGACAUCCAAUGAGACCAAGGAAGUGCCUUAUCAACCUGCCAAGCCAGAGGACUCCUCUCCCUCGACCCUGGACAAAACACCUUUUAUUGCAGACAAGCCGCCAUUGGCUGAGCCUGAGCUCGACUUUGAUGACAUAGUCAUAGAGACGCCUGAUCCAUCAGUCACGGCAGGUAACUUGUUUUUUGAGGACAGCGCAGGCGAAGAGGGAUCAAAAGCGGACACAAUAAAGAGGUCGCCAUUCAGCAUCUUGAAGACUCAAAUGGAACAUCUGGAUGGAGGUGUUGAACAGGAAGCUGAUGUAAAUUCAACGGCAGGGCCAUAUUCAAAAAUGCCAACAUCAAAAGAGCACAGGCCAGUUGAGACGCAGCUACUUCCAGAGAUUGUAAACACCACGUGUGAAGACGCAGCCGAGAAGCACGCCAAAGGCCAAGAGAAGCCCGUCGAGAAGAAGCAGGAGAAACAAAGGCCGACACCUGCUUUUCCCUGUUUAUAUGACCUCAACAAGUCAGAUGAAGACAAGGAAAUUAUGAAAAACAUGGCUGCCCUGGAGGCUGGUCCUCCCAGUAUGACAUCCACACCAGCUGAGUCAUCCAGUAUUCAAACUCAAGAGCUCCCUCCUCUGGAGAAAAAGCCAAUCAAAGCAAAAAGGCCAUCAUGGGCUGAGGAGAUUAUGGGCUCCAGAGAGGAGGACAAGAAACAGAUAGACAAUCAACCCCAGGAUGAGAAGGCCUCAUUAUCACAAGCUGAUGAGCACAAAUCAGCCCCCCUUGAUGUUCAAGCUAACAGGAGUGAAGAGGAGUCACAUAGUUCAGAAUGGAAUGCAACGAAAGAGGAGGCAGGCGUUUUGGAAGCCCACAGAGGGGAUACUGGCUGUGUUCAGAAAGAGCGAUCUGAGAUGGCCGAGGGGGAAAAGACGUCCGGUGACCUGGCUGUCCCAGUGAUAUGCUCUAAGAACGUGGCCCAGCCAUCCACACCAGACACCACAACCCAGAGGAACGACCAGCCCCCAGCCACCAGCCCAGGCAGUGAAGAGCCACAGUCCAAUGGACAGACCUCAGCAGAUAAGGGGGUCACCUCUGGUCAAGCGUCAGACACGAUUGUACCUCCCCGACGCAGCAAGUUGAAAACCCUGUCCUUUCMUGUGGUCCUUCCGGAAGUUGCCCCGGGGUCCUCCACUACCACGGCAGACAAGGAUGAAGCCUUUAGGAAAGAUGCKCUAGUCCUCAGCCAGGAGAUGUCAGGGCCAGUGUCCAGUCCCGGGCUGGUCACCUCCAGCAAGUCUUUGCUGGAGUGGUGCCAGGAGGUUACGAAGGGGUAUAAGGGAGUGAGGGUCACCAACUUUAACACCUCCUGGCGUAAUGGCCUGGCUUUCUGUGCCAUCCUACACCACUUCUAUCCCGACAAGAUAGAUUUUGAGGCACUGGAAACCAACGACAUCAAGUUAAACAACAAGAAGGCCUUCGAUGGUUUUGCCACGCUGGGCAUCUCCCGUCUAAUGGAGCCCUCAGACAUGGUACUGCUCUCUGUGCCAGACCGCCUGAUCGUCAUGACUUACCUGAGUCAGAUCCGCACCCACUUUACRGGGCAGGAGCUGAGUGUUCUUCAGAUAGAGCACAACAGCAGCCAGUCCAGCUAUGCAGUGACUGAGCCCAGUCAGGGUUCUGAUGUGGAUGCUGCUGCUCGCUUCUGUGCCCGCAAGCUACAGGAAGGUAGCAUCUCCCUGGAGGACAGUGCGACAGAACAGGCCUCUAAGCCCAACGGGAGCCUAGUGCCACCCCCUCGGACGAAACGGUUGACAAAGGGGGAGGAGAAGGGGAGCGGAGCUGGGGGUUUGGAAGGGGGAGCGGGUGGGUCACAGACCCCAGUGCCUCCACCCAGGUCACACGCCUCUGCAGCGAAAUCAGGAUUUGGUCACGUGAGAGAUGCCGACCUGGUGAAGAAAAGGCGCCUGCGGCUGAAGAGUGAGUCUAUGGAUGAAGGRGAUGGGCUGGAGCAACAGAGUAGCACAUCCAAGAGCACAGAGUCAGCUGAAAGUGUAUCAGACAGAGCGGUGAAGAACGGCUCCUCAGAAUCAGAGACAAUGAGCCCAGUGCCAGUCCAGGAGUCCAGUGUCCCAUGCCAGGAGGAGGAUACUCUGCGUCUGCAGGACACCAGUCAGUAUGUGCUGAGUGAGCUGCAAGCCCUGGAGAGUGAACAGAAGCACAUCGACAACCGAGCAGGCAUCGUGGAGAGGAGACUCAGAAGACUGAUGGAAUCAGGUAGUGACCGGGACGAGGAAGAGAAGCUGAUCCAGGAGUGGUUCACUCUGGUCAACAAGAAGAACGCCCUAAUAAGGAGACAGGACCACCUGGAGUUGCUGCAGGAGGAGCAGGACUUGGAGAAAAGAUUUCAGCUACUGAAUAGAGAACUCAGAGCCAUGAUGGCCAAUGAAGAGUGGCAGAAGACUAAGGCCCAGCAGCACCGGGAGGAGCUCCUGCUGCAGGAACUGGUCUCUCUGGUCAACCAGCGGGACGAGCUGGUCAGAGACAUGGACGCCAAAGAGCGAGGGGCCGUUGAGGAGGAUGAGCGCCUGGAGCGGGGGCUGGAGCUUAGACGCAGGAAGUUCAGCAACAAAGACAAGUGUGUGCUGCAGUGAGAGACGGGACGACAACGACAAAUACCAACCCAUCCAGGAACUAAACCUCCACAAUCCCUGMUUUAUACCAAGCUCUCACUCACUCGGCAUCCUACACAGUAUGAAACAAGCCUAGGAACCUGCCACCUCAGCAACAAAUCCAAAGCCCUCUGCACCRAUGGGAUGAUUGUCAAGCAGUGUUUUCUCUCCUUAACUGGGAUUUUGGGACUGGUCAUUAAUGAUCAAUUACGUCCCCUGGGACGCUGGAGCUGUGUGCCUUCCCCUUUGAAGAUACUUGAACCAAAUUUCCCCCUGUACUGGGAAGGUCUCUCAUCCAUUUAAAACUUUUGAUUGAAAAAAACGAGGACCUUUACAGUUCAGUCAGUUAAUAUGCCUUACUCUGUCAUUCAGUAGACAGAAAGCCCACUGUAACAGAUGUGUGUGUGUGUGUGUAUACAUUUAGCCCACCGUGAAGAUAAGUGGUUCCAUAAUUAAGUGCCUACUCUCACAUCUGUAAACAUCUCAUUGAUCUUAUCUGGUCCGACAAUAUAAGAUAAUCAACUAUAUUAGAUAGUUUGCGCUUUGCCUUAAUGCUUUGGUGGAACUGGCUAUUAAAAGAACGGUCUGGUGAUUUCACGCAAAAUAUUAAAAGGGCUCUGUAUACAGGAGGACUGACCGUUCUGUGUUUUACUUUGGACCCAGAUGUUUGGACGAAAAACUCAAGUUUGUGAGAGUACCACGUAUUGAUGUCUUCUGGUGGAGAUGUAUUUUCAAUCCUACUUUUAUUUAUGGUUUGGACAUUUGCAUGAGAAAUGUUUGGGUUAGGUGUGUGUCAUAUUGAACAUACUAUAUGAACAGUCAAUCAAUCUACCCAGAAAUGAAAGAAAAAGAGGACAGUGAACAAACAUGAAACUUUAGUUGUAGAGAGAAGCUAGUAGUCCUACUUGGAAUACAUACAGGACAAUAAAUACCAUCCUGUAAAUAUUAAUAUUUAUACUCUGUUAUAACCUGGCACUGCAGUUCUUUUAAUGUUUAUUUUUUUUAGCAAAGACCUUUAGUUUCACAUUUCUAUUAUCACUGAUGAUGAUGAUGAUGAUGAUGAUGAUUUGUUACUAACCACUGGUAGAACUGAAAAUGUAAUGACGUAUUACUUUGUCCCAGCCUCUUUUUAAAAAUGAUAUUUCGAACACGAUAUGUUUUGUUUGAACCAGUGAAUGAUAAAUAAUACAUUUUUGAAGUUUAAAAAGAAAAUUGGGAGUUUGUUUGAAUAGGUUUCCUCUAAUUUGUUGUCAUAUCUUAUGUGGUACUUGUUCACUCUUUUUCAUGGAGGGAUGUCGUUGUGUUCUGUGAAUGAGGAGUCAUUUCUCAAUAUCUAUAUUAUCGUGAUCGUGCGCUAUUAUACUGAACAAAAUAUAAACUCAACAUGCAACAAUUUCAA